AUGGAAGGUUACGAUGUGGAUUUUGGCCAUAUGGAGGCGGUUUCUCUUAUAUCUGCUCCAAAGUAUCCAGAAAAGCAGGAUGAGAAAAAUAGGUGGGGGUAUUUGUUUGAGUCAAGUCUAGGGAUUAAGCUGGAACAAAGUGAAAUGAAGAUCAUAGAAAGCAAGAUCUACAUACUAUUUCCCGCGCUUGGAAUACUAUUCAGUUUGAUAGGAUCUCGUUAUGUUGGCUACAUCGUUACAUCCUGCUUGCUCAACGAGAACCAUGAUUUUUUGAGGUUGGCAAUUAAUACAGUGCGGAACGAUAUAAUUGGUCGGAAUGAGACUUUCCAGUGCCUGGCAUUGACGUUGGAUUCAGAGCCUUUAACGUCACUAAAACCGGUUGGAAAUAUUGGUGGGAGAGAUUUUGCUGAAUCAUUGGCACCUGAUGUUCAAAAGCUGCUUGUAAGUGACCCUCAAGAUGACAUGCUAUGGAUUUCUAGCAGUUGCAGACCGCUCGUAAGGAAAAAAGCGGCACUGUGUCUACUGCGCUUAUUCAGGAAAAAUCCUGAUGCCAUCAACGUUGAUGGGGCGGAUCGUAUGGCUCAACUUCUGGAUGAACGGGAUCUUGGCGUCUUGACAUCCUCUACAAGUCUUCUUGUAGCUCUCGUAUCAAAUAAUCAUGAGGCGUAUUCAAGUUGUCUACCUAAAUGUGUCAAAAUAUUGGAGCGCCUUGCUAGGAACCAGGACGUGCCUCAGGAGUACACAUACUAUGGCAUCCCAUCUCCUUGGCUCCAGGUUAAGGCGAUGAGGGCUCUUCAGUAUUUUCCAACCAUUGAAGAUCCCAGUACCAGAAAAUCACUCUUCGAGGUACUUCAGCGGAUAUUAAUGGGGACAGAUGUUGUAAAAAACGUGAAUAAGAACAAUGCGUCUCACGCUGUGCUGUUUGAAGCCCUAUCCCUGGUCAUGCAUCUUGAUGCUGAGAAGGAAAUGAUGUCGCAGUGUGUUGCUCUUCUUGGAAAGUUUAUUUCUGUCCGUGAGCCCAACAUCAGAUAUCUAGGCUUGGAGAAUAUGACACGAAUGCUGAUGGUCACCGAUGUCCAAGAUAUCAUAAAGAAGCAUCAGUCUCAGAUAAUCACCUCCUUGAAAGACCCUGACAUCAGUAUUCGUAGACGUGCUCUUGAUUUGCUUUAUGGGAUGUGCGAUGUGUCAAAUGCAAAGGAUAUAGUCGAAGAGUUGUUGCAGUAUCUUAGCACAGCAGAGUUUUCCAUGCGAGAAGAGUUAUCACUUAAAGCUGCCAUUCUUGCUGAGAAGUUUGCUCCUGAUCUUUCAUGGUAUGUAGAUGUGAUCCUUCAGUUGAUCGAUAAGGCGGGGGAUUUUGUUAGCGAUGACAUUUGGUUUCGUGUGGUUCAGUUCGUAACAAAUAAUGAAGAUCUUCAGGACAUUCUGAAGCCUUAUGCUGCAUCAAAAGCAAGAGAAUACUUGGACAAGAUCGCAAUACAUGAGACAAUGGUGAAGGUCAGUGCUUAUAUAUUGGGGGAGUAUGGCCACCUUCUAGCGAGACAACCUGGAUGCAGUGCAAACGAACUCUUUAGCAUCUUACAUGAGAAGCUUCCCACUGUAACGACUCCCACCAUUCCUAUUCUUCUUUCCUCUUAUGCAAAGCUUCUUAUGCAUGCUCAACCCCCGGAUCCAGAACUGCAAAAAAAAGUCUGGGCUGUAUUCAGGAAGUAUGAGAGUUCUAUCGAUGUGGAGAUACAACAGAGGGCUGUUGAAUAUUUUGAACUGAGUAAAAAAGGGGAUGCCUUUAUGGAUGUAUUGGCUGAGAUGCCAAAAUUUCCGGAGCGCCAGUCUUCACUGAUAAAAAAGGCAGAAGAUGUUGAGGAUACCGCAGACCAGAGUGCCAUCAAGCUUAGAGCACAACAACAGCCUUCAAAUGCUUUGGUUUUGACUGACCCACAGCCUGUUACUGGGGCACCCCCGCCUUUGAAGGUUCCAACUGUCACGGACCGAUCUCUCUCUCAGCCCAAUGGAUCUCUAAGUAGUAUAGAUCCACAAACUCCAUCAGCCGAUCUCCUAAGCGACCUGCUCGGUCCUCUUGCUAUAGAGGCUCCACCUGGAACUGUCUCAACUGAACAACAUGGCCCCAUAGGGGCAGAAGGAGCUCCAGAUGAAGCUGAUGGUUCUGCCAUUGUACCACUUGACGAGCAAACAAAUACAGUUGAGGUGAUCGGAAAUAUCGCUGAGAGAUUUCAUGCUUUAUGUUUGAAAGAUAGUGGUGUCUUAUACGAGGAUCCUUAUAUCCAGGCAGGCCUCCUGCUUACUGAGCUUCUUAGGCCGAUCGGCCUCAAAGCUGAAUGGAGAGGACACCAUGGGAGACUUGUCCUCUUCUUGGGAAACAAGAGUACAUCUCCACUUACAUCAGUCCAAGCUCUAAUACUACCCCCUGCUCAUUUAAAAUUGGAACUGUCUCCAGUACCUGAUACAAUUCCUCCUCGAGCACAGGUACAAUCUCCACUUGAAGUGAUGAACAUCCGCCCUAGUAGGGAUGUUGCGGUUCUGGAUUUCUCCUACAAGUUUGGUACAAACGUGGUUAGUGCCAAAUUACGCAUCCCAGCAGUCUUGAAUAAGUUUCUUCAACCUCUUCAACUGACAUCUGAGGAGUUCUUCCCGCAAUGGAGAGCACUUUCAGGGCCACCCUUGAAACUUCAGGAAGUUAUAAGAGGUGUUAGACCUCUAGCUCUUCCGGAAAUGGCGAAUCUGUUCAACAGUUUCCGGGUGACUAUAUGCCCUGGACUUGAUCCAAACCCUAAUAACCUAGUGGCAAGCACAACCUUCUACUCUGAAAGUACAGGAGCCAUGCUCUGUUUGGCAAGAAUUGAAACAGACCCAGCAGACAGAACCCAACUGCGAAUGACAGUAGGAUCCGGAGAUCCUACCCUCACAUUUGAGUUGAAAGAAUUUAUUAAGGAACAUCUAAUUACUAUUCCAACGGGAUCUCGAGCUCUAGUUCCAGCAACAGGAGCAGCAGCACCACCACCACCACCACCUGUAGCUCAACCGCCUAGCCCAGCGGCUCUAGCUGAUGAUCCGGGAGCUAUGCUUGCUGGUUUACUAUAA